AUGCCAUCAUUUGUUGGUUCAAUUGAUCAAGGUACAACAUCUUCUCGUUUUCUGAUAUUUGAUCAGAAUGGUAUUCUAGUAGCUUACCAUCAAGUUGAGUUCAGUCAAUAUUAUCCUAAUCCUGGUUGGAUAGAACAUGAUCCAGCUGAAAUUCUAGAUUCCGUACAAGAAUGUAUUAACAAAGCCAUUAAAAAAUUUGAAAAUAAGGGUCAUUCCGUUAGUGAUAUCAAGGCCAUUGGAAUCACAAAUCAACGUGAAACAACCCUAGUAUGGGAUAAAGUGACUGGAAAACCUCUUUACAACGCAGUCGUAUGGUGUGAUAUUCGUACUCAUGAAUUAGUUCAUCAAUUAAAUGCAAAGUCCCCGUUAGGGAAAGAUGUUUUGAAGAAAACUUGCGGUUUACCGAUUACCACCUAUUUUUCCGCGGUAAAAUUAAGAUGGUUACUUGAUAACAUUCUGGUAGUCAAAGACGCUUAUGAUAAUGGAACCCUAAUGUUUGGAAAUAUCGAUACCUGGCUUAUUUGGAAUUUGACAGGAAAAUGUGAUGGUGGAUUACAUAUCACUGACGUUACGAAUGCGUCCCGUACCAUGUUCAUGGAUAUUAACACACUAGAAUGGAGCGAACAAGCUCUUGAGUUUUUUGGAAUUGACGGUAGUUGCCUUCCUCGGAUUUGUUCGUCGUCCGAGAUAUACGGUUACGUGAAAACUGUGGAAUCUAUAAAGGGUAUACCGAUAGCUGGUGACCUGGGAGAUCAACAAGCUGCAUUAGUUGGACAAAAAUGUUUUCGCAGUGGUGACGCAAAAAAUACUUACGGUACUGGAUGUUUUAUGUUAUUCAACACCGGAACGGAGCCAGUCAUUUCCAAAACUGGUCUCCUUACGACUGUUGGCUACAAGUUUGGCAAAGAGCCAACAGUUUACGCGCUUGAAGGUUCAAUUGCUGUGGCUGGGUCAGCUGUCAAGUGGAUUCGUGACAAUUUAGGGAUCAUAAAGGAAGCCCGCGAGAUAAACGAGUUAGCUGCUAAAGUCGAAGACACAGGGGGUGUAUAUUUUGUCACCGCAUUCUCGGGACUUUUCGCUCCUUACUGGCGUGACGAUGCUCGAGGUUGCAUAGUCGGAAUUACUCAAUAUACGAAUAGAAAUCACAUUGCACGUGCUACCCUUGAAGCUGCUUGUUACCAGACAAAAGCAAUCUUGGAUGCCAUGAAUUCUGAUUCUGGGCAUCCUUUGAAAUCAUUGAAGGUAGAUGGCGGUAUGACAAAUUCAGAUUUGUGUAUGCAAAUUCAAGCAAAUAUCCUGGGUAUUGAAGUUGAACGCCCAGAAAUGCGGGAGACAACUGCUCUGGGUGCUGCAAUAGCUGCUGGAUAUGCCGUUGGAGUGUGGAAAUCACUAAGUGAAUUGGAUCAAGUUAAUACUGCAGGUUGGGCGGUAUUUUCCCCAGAAAUUACUCAUGAAAUUGCGGAAGAACGAUACAACAACUGA